AUGACACCAUACACAGUGCUGGAUGAUACACCAUGCACAGUGCUGAAUGAUACACCAUACACAGUGCUGAAUGAUACACCAUACACAGUGCUGAAUGAUGCACCAUACACAGUGCUGAAUGAUACACCAUACACAGUGCUGGAUGAUACACCAUACACAGUGCUGGAUGAUACACCAUACACAGUGCUGGAUGAUACACCAUACACAGUGCUGGAUGAUACACCAUACACAGUGCUGGAUGAUACACCAUACACAGUGCUGAAUGAUACACCACACACAGUGCUGAAUGAUACACCAUACACAGUGCUGAAUGAUACACCAUACACAGUGCUGGAUGAUACACCAUACACAGUGCUGGAUGAUACACCAUACACAGUGCUGGAUGAUACACCAUACACAGUGCUGGAUGAUACACCAUACACAGUGCUGGAUGAUACACCAUACACAGUGCUGGAUGAUACACCAUACACAGUGCUGGAUGAUACACCAUACACAGUGCUGGAUGAUACACCAUACACAGUGCUGGAUGAUACACCAUACACAGUGCUGGAUGAUACACCAUACACAGUGCUGAAUGAUACACCAUACACAGUGCUGGAUGAUACACCAUACACAGUGCUGGAUGAUACACCAUACACAGUGCUGAAUGAUACACCAUACACAGUGCUGGAUGAUACACCAUACACAGUGCUGAAUGAUACACCAUACACAGUGCUUGAUGAUACACCAUACACAGUGCUGGAUGAUACACCAUACACAGUGCUGAAUGAUACACCAUACACAGUGCUGGAUGAUACACCAUACACAGUGCUGGAUGAUACACCAUACACGCUGGAUGAUACACCAUACACAGUGCUGAAUGAUACACCAUACACAGUGCUGGAUGAUACACCAUACACAGUGCUGAAUGAUACACCAUACACAGUGCUGGAUGAUACACCAUACACAGUGCUGAAUGAUACACCAUACACAGUGCUGAAUGAUACACCAUACACAGUGCUGAAUGAUACACCAUACACAGUGCUGAAUGAUACACCAUACACAGUGCUGAAUGAUACACCAUACACAGUGCUGAAUGAUACACCAUACACAGUGCUGGAUGAUACACCAUACACAGUGCUGAAUGAUACACCAUACACCACCAAUAAUACACCCAUUCACAUCUCAACAAUCCCGUGGCUGUAA